AUGGCGGCGCCGGCGAUGUUUCCUAAGGCGACCAGGAAGGCCUCCGUGGGCGGCCGGGCGUGGCGGCUGCUGCGGCUGGCGGUGCUCUGGGCGCGGAAGGGGAGCGCGGCGCAGAGCCUCCGCCUGCUCAAGACGCUGCGGCACAGCCGCGUCGCCGGCCUCGGCCUCGGCCACGGCGGCCGGCGCAACGACCGGCUGCACUACGGCGAGCGGGAGUUCUCCAUCGACGAGACGCCGGCGUUCCGGUUCCGCACCCCCUCCGCGCGCGUGCUCCGGUUCAUCCCCUGCAUCGCGCCCUCCGUCCCCGACACCCCAGGCGUCUACGGCGACGACCGCUACUUCUUCCGCGACGACCGCGAGAGGGACGCGAGCUGCGCCGGGGACUUCUACGAUGACCAGCCGAGCGAGUGCGGCCUGGAGAGCCUCGACGAUGGCGCGGAUGAGCAGCUGCUCGAGCGCGCGAUGAUGGAGGCGAGCGUCGGCUCGGCGGGAGCCGCGGAGGCCGGCGAGGAUGCCGGGGUGGACGUGAAGGCGGACGAGUUCAUCGCAAAGUUCUACGCGCAGAUGAAGCUGCAACGGCAAAUCUCGUGGCUGCAAUACAACGAGAUGAUGGAAAGGAGCGUCUGCUAG